AACCAUCAUCCUCCCCUCAUCAAAGCUGUCACACUCUGCGUCCUCUCUGCGGCGUCGUGCCUGCGCUCAUGCGCUAGCGUUGGACACUGUGCGUCAUGUAGCGUGUACAAGAGUGCAUGCGACAUUUUGCAGGUGCUGCACUGUGUGUUUUUGUGUGCGCGCGUGUGUGUGCGUGUGUGUGUGCUGCUAAAUGAGACUGAGAGAAAAGCAGUGUAACCUCCUACACGCGUGCAUGUGGAGAGGAAUAUGGUGUAUAUGUGCUGCUGUAGCAAAGAUGUUCCAAAUGUGAGCACCAACAACGAUGCUUUAAAUGUCACUGACAAUGAUUCAUUGUCACAUUGUCAUGUGUCAGAAAAAUGUACAUAAUGUACACAAUCUAUACACAUCUAGAAUAUUUGACAAGUGAAUCUAUCCCUCACAUUUCAGAAAGCAUUUCAUUAUAUCUCUUCAAGGGACAAUGCUGUAGAAAAUAAACUUGGAUAUACUUUAGAGUAGUCGGUGUACAGCUUGUAUAUCAGUAUAGCUGUACUAUCUACUGAAAAUAAGCAAACACACAGCUAUUAUUGUCUAAAUAGUUGGCAACACAAGUGAAUACAUCUCACAGUUAGCAUGCCCAAAUUGUGUCUUUGAUGUAAGUAUUUAGUGUGAGCACCAUUGUUCUCUAGCACUGCCUUAAUCCUCUUGGGCAUGGAAUUGAGCAGAGCUGCACAGGUGGUUGCUGGAAUCCUCUUCCACUCAUCCAUGAUGGCAUCACUGGUGGAGCCAGUGGAUGUUAGAUACGUUGCGCUCCUCCACCUUCCUUCCUUCUGCUUGAGAAUGCCCCACAGCUGCUCAAUUGGGUUCAGAUGUGGAAGAUACCUGACCAAUCCCAUCACCUUCAGCUUCGGCUUCCUUAACAAAGCACUUGUCUUCUUGGAGGUGUGUUUGGGAUCGCUAUCAUGUUGGAAAAUUGUUUCCCGUGGGAGGGGAUCAUGUUCUGCUUUGCAAUGUUGCAGUAGUGUACAUAGAAUUUUUGUUUUUGAUGCACGUCUACUUUGAUGUCCUAAUCAUAGGGCCCUAUGAUUUCCGCGUUUACAGAAUCGCGGACGGAAUCAUGGAACUGGCCAAUAAAAACUACAUUUACUGUGAAACGUGCUCUCACGAAAAUUGACAUAAUGUGCAUGAAAUGCUGUCAUUGUGAGGAGAAGGAAUGUUCGUGUGGGGAAGUAUUUCCCUGGUGAGCCGCUCAUUGUGGCGCAGUCUCAUCACAAACACGAACCCUCCAUCUCCCGAAGUAAAACAUGUCAAAAUGGCGACCUGAAACACCUGCGAAAGUUGGCGGAAAAACUCAUACGGAGCAUGACUGGAAGAGUUUAGCUGAGGUUAGUUUAGUUUAGCAGAGCAUGCUAGUGCGGCUUUGUGUGUGCAACUCCCGCUGGAUGAGUGUGUUUACAACGUGUUGUUUUCCCGCUAAGUGAGCGUUUUACAGUCCCCGCUGACAUGCAAGUUCUGAGUGGAGAAAAAAGGGAGGCAUGUUUAUCCUUGCUCCCAGCUUGUCUUAACCAGAAACGGACAUUCUCAACGUACACAACACACUUCCGGCCUUCAAAAUAAUAGUGCUGUUUGCCACAUCUUGUCUAAUUGUGUAAAGGAAAUAAGGGUGAUGUAAAAUAUAUCUUACAUUAAAUAGAUCAAUUGGAACUGCAUUGGUGACUUAACCACAAGCACGGACGGGCAUUACAAUUUGUUGAAAAUUUUGUAACAAUGUGUGCAGAGGCUAACAUCCCAUUCAAAACGUUAGCCAGGCUACAUCCUUUUCUGAAUUGCUGUGCAAAACUUGCUAAUGAUGUAUUUUAAGGAUUUUUGCAUUUAAUUAACUCAUUCAGUCCCAGCCAUUUUUCAAAAAGCAUGCCCUCCAGUACCUGCCAUUUUAGACGAUUUUGACUGAUCUUUCAAGGCACACAGAAUAUCGUGUUCCAUGGUGAUAUAAACAUGGAGCCUACCAAAAGAAAGAUUAGAUUACCGUCUUUCAUCAGAAAAAAAGUUUGUUUCUACCUUUUUCCGUUCUUUAGUACUCACCAGUAGAACAUAGGCAAGUUACUGGAAAAUAUCAGUCCCCGACUAAAAAAGGAAAAACAGCUUUUUGUGAAAAGAUACAUUUCAAGCAUAACUUUCACUUUGACAGAAAUAUUUUUUGCUUUUGUGACAACAGAAAUAUCUAUCAACUAUAUCAGUACUAGCAACACAAAAAAGGGGUUGUUUCACAUUAAAAUAACAAUUUAUUUACCAAUAUAACACCAUCAACUACAGUAGUUCCAAUUUUUACAUUUGGAACUGAACUAUGUAUGCACACGUGUGUGUGUGUGUGUGUGUGUGUGUGUGUGUGUGUGUGUGUGUGCGUUAAAAUUUGGGUGCGUAACCUCCUUCAUGCUACACUCCUCCACGCUCUCUCACAUCCUCCUCCCUGUCAUGUGUGAGUCUUCCACUGAAAUGACCCUGCUGAGCUCUUAUCAAUUGCACUUCUGCCACCUUGUGGCCGUUUUUAUGGCUUAAAAGUGCUCUGAAAUGGUAAUGCAUUAGUGCAGAGUUGCAUCAUCACCUCUUUUUGCCUCUUGCGCAAAAAGACGUAAAAGAUGUAUAAAAUGUUGGGAUUGUGCUUUCGGGAUUAUAAACCUUACCCUAACCCAAUGGCUUUGGUGUUGAAUGUGUUAAUAGACAUUUUAUUCACUAACCCAAAAAGCACACACCCUCUGCUGUUAAAAUAAGUGUAAAAGGUAAAAAACUGAAUUCUAAAAAAUGAAAAUGGAAUUUGGGGAAAAAAAUCAAAUAGAUUCAUAGAGCCCUAUCAUCAGGAAGACAAUGCAUUAACAUUUGGAGAUUUCUUUGAAAUGUAAAGUACAUUAUAUACACGCUGCAUGCUAUCAUGUUAUAGGAGGGCAUCAUGCUCUGCUUCACAAUGUCAUAGUACUUCAAGGAAUUAAUCUUUCCUGUCAAUUCACCGCAGUUCCCCAGUGAUGGCAGCACUCCUGCACUACCCUUGACCGUAAGGGCUCAUUUUCAGUGGAUAGUAAAUCUACACUGCUAUACAAGCUGUUCACUAACUACUCUGAUGUACAUCCAAGUUUACUUUCUGUAGUAUUGUCCCUUGGCAAGAUAUAUUGAUAGAAAAGUGUUUGUUGAAAGUUGAAGGCUGUGCUGACAUUUGUCAUUCAUUCAUGGGUUCUGCUGAGCAUGUGGAUGUGAGACAUCAGAAGGAUCCAGAAAUGGCGUGAAUUCCUGGCAACUAAACAAACUUCUGCCAUGAUCUUAAAUCUUUGCGUGGGUCCAACACAACAACUGCAGGAUUAUUCGUGGUACUGGUCCUGCAGGUGAAGGUGAAGGCUUGGACCACAGCAAUACAACGUUCAUCUCUCCUCCUCCUCUCUUUUUUCCUGUGCUGUGAUGCCCGAAGUGAACUUUCAAGGUGAUUCCAUCUCAAGCUUAAGGAAUUCCGGAUGAGGCAUGGCAUGGAUGCUAAAUAACCGUCUGGUUUAAUCUUUAAUUGGACGCUGGCUGGACAAUGACCACUGAUCAACAGUUGAUGUGUGUUUGCAUGCUGUUGGCCUCUCAUGUGGUCCUCAGCCAGUUGUGACCUCCGCAUGGCCUUCAGAGAGAGGAUACCACUGACUCACUAAUUGCACAUUGUCUUUCUGGGGGGAGGGGGGCGGCAAGUGGAGUAAGUAGAUUUUGUCCUCUUGUCCUUCAUCAUGGCUCUGAAGACCUCCUGACUGAAGCAGCUGAUGGUCCACAACUGUGUCCAGCUUUCUGAUGGACCCCAGCGAGCACAAGGUCCAUCUUGAUUUUCACAGCAGAACUUGAAGAAGAACAAGUUCUCUCCCCCCCACUUUCUGCUAGUGGGGGGGAGGGUGGCUGUUAGUCAGGCCGUAGGUGGUAGUUGUGUAGAUUGUGUAAAUGUUCUCAGGCUGUGGACUACAAGGCAGCCCUGUCUGACUUUUUUAACCUCGAGUUUGGCUAGCUAGCUUGCCUGAGUCUUAUCUUAUAGUUAGCAUUAGCCAUGGAUGCUAACCAAGGCCCAAGUCAGGGCAGCCCAGAAAGCCCAAACCGGGCUGUGGAGUACCUUCUCGAACUCAACAAUAUAAUCGAAAGCCAGCAGAAGCUUCUAGAAACCCAGAGGCGGCGGAUCGAGGAGCUGGAGGUCCAGUUGGACCGGCUCAGCCAAGAGAACAAGGACCUGCGCUUGGAUCGGCAAUCCGCCGCCCCUCCUCCGCCCGCGCCCCUUUCAGAAACUCGUCUUCCUCCUCCUCCGCCGCCUCCGCCUCCCGCUCAGUUCUCCUCGGUCCCUGCCAAGAACCACCACCACAACAGCCAAACCCCGCUUAAACCGCCAUCCUCCAUCCCGCUCUACCACAGCCACAACCACCAGCACCACCACAGCACCUACAACAGCUCCAACAGCGCCGCCUCUGUCCACUUUCCUCCUCCGGGCCCUGCCUCCGUCUCGAUACCUACUCAGAUCCCCGCGCCAGUCUCCUCGCCGGCCCCGGCUCCUCCCCCACCACCGCCCCCCAUCCCUCCCCGUGAGCAGCCUCGAGGGCAUAGCCGCCUGAGCCGAGUGCCGUCCACCAGCACUGGAACCAACACCAACUUUGUGGAGAAGGAGAAGGAGCGGCUGGAGCGCCUGCACAGAACCAACGCCGCAAACAACCACCAUGCACACACCCUCCACCUCCACAAGACGUCUUAUUCUUCCUCCACCUGUUCUAGCACCACUGCCUCCUCUUGUCGUCCCUCCAACAACCCUCCUACCAUCACCACUCCUUCCUCGUCCACCUCCUCCUCCUCCUCCUCCUCUCUCUACUCCUCCAGUCUCCCUCCUAACAGCCACGCCACCUACCAUCAGUACUGCUGCCCCGCGCGCCUCCGCCUGCCCAAGCCUCCCUGCGCCCUGCCCCCCGCCAAGCACCACGAGCAGGCAAGAGAGGAGGAAGAUGAUGACAUCGCCCAUCAGUUCUGUUGCCCCGCCUCCGAGUGCAGUAGCCCCUCCUCUAGCGUGGAAGCUGAUCCGCGGUGUCCGGAGGCGCUCCCUUUUUCCGACUCGUCAUUCGGCCACCCACCUCCCUUCCAUCCAUUCGGCCCAUGUGAUCCCUACAUUUCUACCAGCAGCACCUCCGGCGGGCCCCUUGGAGCCUCCCACACACAGGAUAGAACCCCUAUCUCUCCCCCCAGCCCGGCGAGCCUGGCCUGGGCUCAGCGUAGUCGCCACCAGCCGGCCAGCCUGGCGCUCCGCAAGCAGGAGGAGGAGGAGAGCAAACGCUGCAAGGCCCUCUCUGACAGCUAUGAGCUCUCUACGGACCUCCAGGACAAGAAGGUGGAGAUGCUGGAGAGGAAGUACGGCGGGCAGUUUGUGUCACGGCGGGCGGCCAGGACCAUCCAGACGGCCUUCCGGCAGUAUCGCAUGAACAAAAACUUCCAGAGGCUGCGCAGCUCAGCCUCAGAGAACAGGAUGACACGACGCAUCAUCCUGUCCAACAUGAGGAUGCAGUACUCCUUCGAUGAGCGUCAGCCGCAGGGUCAAGGGUCAUCAGGUCAGCAGGGGUCAGAGGACACAGGAGACAUGGACGACUCCUUCACUAAGCAGGUGAAGUCGCUGGCAGACUCGAUGGACGACUCUCUCACCUGCCAAUCAGGUCGCGAGGACUCCCAGGAGGCGGGAGGAGAGGGUGAGGAGGAUGAGGAGGAGGAGGAAGAGGAGGAAGACGACGAAGAGGAAGAUGAGGAGGAAGACUACAGGGAGUGCACCUGGCGCGGAAGUGCCACCUCCUCCUCCCGCCGCCACGUGGUUGGCCAGGUGGGCGGCAUCGGGCGGCGCCCUGCAGGCACCAUGCAUGAGGACAGCACGGCCACCUCCUUCAGCGAUGUCACGCUCUACAUGGAUGAGGCAUGCCUCCCCUCCUCGCCUGUGUCCCGGCCCCCUUCCUCGCCGCUCUCCUGUCCCGCCUCCAGCUCUGAUACAGAGUACUGGGGGGUCGGAGGAGUAGGGGGCGUGGCCGGCGGCCGGGAGGACAGCCGAGAGACGGAGCGAGGGAGCAACGCCAGCCGCAGGAGCAGCACCCCUUGCACCGAGUGUCGGGGGGACUAUAGGGGGAGGGCUGGAGGAGGAGGAGGACACCUUCCAGUCCUGACCAUAGAACCACCCAGCGACAGCUCAGUGGACAUGAGUGACAGGUCUGAGCGAGGAUCCAUUGGCCGCCUGGUCUACGAGCAGGAGCCAUCAGGAGCGGAGCGAGGCAGCGGAGGUGACAGGGAGCGGCUGGGAGGUGGUGACGACGGCGAGAGCGGAGAGGAAGAGCAAGGAGGGGGCGGGGCAGGAAGCAGCGAAGCCGAGUCACCACAGGGAACCAUAAAGCACAAACCCAACGGCCGUUCAAUCGUGACGGCGCAGGGACAGACACGUAGCUCCACAUCUCCCGCUGUGCCCCUCCCCUCGGCCCGCACACUGCCGUCCCAUGCGCUGCCUCACACACUCCAGCAUAUCCACCCUCACCCGUCGCCCAUACCCCACCUGCCCACCGUCCUCCACCACCACCCACAGUACAACCACAUGAUGCACCACGGGCACAGCGGGGGCGCAUACCUGCCACAUGUGGCACACUUCCCCCAGCACCACUACCACCACAUUCACCACCAUCUUGCUUACCCAGAACCCCCGUCCUCCCCACUGCCGUCGCCCGUGCCACCACUGACGCCGCUCUCCCCGCUGCCGCCGUCACUGUCAUCCUCCACCAACAUGGACACCCAUCAGCACUUGCACCACCCACACCUGCACCACACCCACCACCUCCACCACCACCUGCUGUGCUCGGACGGUGACAAUGAGAGCGUUAACUCCACCACCACCAACUCCAACGACGACACCACCGUCAACAACGGCAGCUCGGGCUCGUCAUCACGGGACAGCCUGCGCGAGCCCAUGGGGGCAUCCACUCUCAGCAAGCAAACUUAUCAGCGCGAGAGCCGCCACAGCUGGGACUCGCCCGCCUUCAACAACGACGUGGUCCAGCGGCGCCAGUACCGCAUUGGACUCAACCUGUUUAACAAGAAGCCCGAGAAGGGGAUCCAGUACCUGAUCGAGAGGGGCUUUGUUUCGGACACACCGGUGGGCAUCGCCAGGUUCAUCCUAGAGAGGAAAGGUCUGAGUCGUCAGAUGAUCGGCGAGUUCCUGGGCAGCCGGCAGCAGUUCAACAAGGACGUCCUGGACUGCGUUCUGGAUGAGAUGGACUUUUCUGGCAUGGACCUGGAUGACGCCCUGAGAAAGUUCCAGGCUCAGAUUAAAGUGCAGGGAGAAGCUCAGCGGGUGGAGCGGCUGGUGGAGGCUUUCAGUCAGCGCUACUGUGUGUGUAACCCGGUGCUGAUCCGGCAGUUUCAAAAUCCUGACACCAUCUUCAUCCUGGCCUUUGCCAUCAUCCUCCUCAACACGGACAUGUACAGCCCCAACGUGAAGCCCGAGAGGAAAAUGAAGCUUGAUGACUUCAUCAAGAACCUGCGAGGUGUGGACAACGGUCAGGACAUUCCAAGAGACCUUCUUGUGGCUAUCUAUGGAAGAAUCCAAAAGUGGGAGCUGAGGACCAAUGAUGACCAUGUUUCUCAGGUGCAGGCGGUGGAAAGGAUGGUGGUCGGCAAGAAGCCUGUUCUGUCGCUGCCUCAUCGUCGGCUGGUGUGUUGCUGUCAGUUGUUCGAAGUUCCCGAUCCAAACCGUGCACAGAGGAGCGGCAUCCACCAAAGAGAAGUCUUCCUGUUCAAUGACCUGCUGAUGGUGACCAAGAUCUUCCAGAAAAAGAAGGCCUCUGUGACGUACAGUUUUCGACAAUCAUUCCCUCUGGUGGACAUGCAGGUCCACACCUUCCAGAGCACUUACUAUCCUCAUGGCAUCAGGCUGACGUCGGCCAAUCCUGGAGGAGAGAGGAAGGUUCUGAUCGUGUUCACGGCUCCGAGCCAGCAGGACCGAGCUCGCUUCACCUCUGACCUUAGAGAGAGCAUCGCGGAGGUGCAGGACAUGGAGAAGUACCGCGUGGAGUCCGAGUUAGAAAAGCAGAAAGGUGUGAUGCGUCCCUCCGUACUGAUGGGGGGAGGAACCGCAGGCGGAGGCAUUCUGAUGGGCGGGGCCGGUGCAGAGGUGGUGAACGGCACCCUGGGUAGGUCCAGCCUGGAUGACACAUACGCUUCAGUCGACGGACUCAAACGCACGGCGCUCAGCUCCUCGCUUCGAGACCUCUCAGAGACUGGAAAGCGAGGUCGUCGGAACAGUGUGGGCUCAUUGGACAGUACCAUCGAAGGUUCCAUCAUUAGCAGCCCACGGCCACACCAGCAGUACCAUCCUGGGGGCGUUCUGGCCUUCAGCCCCAUGAUGGCUCCCCCGUCCCCAGCAGUCUACCGGCCGCACCGCCCUACUCAGAGCCCCGGUACGGGGGUAGGCGGUGGGCCGGGGCUCUGUCACAAACAGGGAGGGCCGAGCAUCUCCCCGCUCGUGAGCGGGGGCGUGGCUGGGGGCGGAGGAGGGAUGGCGAUGGUGGUUGGGCCGAGUGGCGGCGGCCGACUAGGGAAUUUUUUCGGCAGCCGAAGAGGGAAAGUUCCUGGUCCCCUGACGAUGACCUCCCCAACGCCGCAGUGUCCCCCGAGUCCCCUGAUGAUAUCCUCCCCGCCCCACUACCCCGCUCCCGAGCCGCCCAUCGCCCACCCUUCCUCCCCUUCCCCAUGCCCCUCCCCAUCAGCCAACCUCGGCCAGUCGGACCCUGGAGGCAUUGGAGGGGGAGGAGGCCCGGGCGGGGCACCAUCGAAGCUUCAAGCUUUGCACGCCCAGUAUUGCCACGGCAACAGUGGAGGCGGAGUCAGUGGGCAACAGCCGCAACAGACUCCUCCCCCACCUUACCACCAUCAUCACCGUUACCACAUGCAAAGCGUCCCACAGCACCACCCCCUCAUGCACAGGGUGUCUGUCCCGCGGCGCCAGGGACCGUCCGGCUGCGCUGUGUCUCAUAUCCAGCAGCAUCAGCGGGUCCAACACGGCACCGCCCAGCACCAGCGCUACAACGUGGUCUCUGGUUUCACCACGCCCCCUCCACUGUCCCCACACUCCCCCCUUACCCCAACUACCCCGCACGGACUUUACCACUCGCAUCCCGUCGCGGGGAGGCCGGGUGGCGGCGCCAAGCUGCCGCUCACCAUCUCGCACUCGCAGCCCCACCCUCACGCUCACUCUCACAACCACGCCGUCCACUCCCCCCUAAGCCCCUCCCCCGCCACCUCCCCCUCCACUCACUUCAUCUUCUCCACACCACCGCCUCAGACCCCGUCAGCACGUCUUGUCACCCAGACGCCGUCGCAGCCCUACGCUCCCCAGUACCCACCACUCUCCUCCAUCCCGCCACCGCCGCCGCACUCUCCAUUACCGCCCCCGUCCGCCGCUCCGCUCUCCCCGCACCCAGGGGCAGCAGGCGGGCAAGGGCCAGGGCCAGGGCCCAAAUCGAAACCGGUCAGUCGGAUCAGCACGGUCGUGUGAGGAGCCAGAGAGCGAGGGCGGCAGGCUACCUCGUUGCCAGCCACCGAGGGACAGCGCUGAGAGGGAGAAGGAGGAGGAGAGGGGGAGGUCAAAUGCAAGCGUAUCAAAAUGGCCACCUGGUGAGACGGCAAGCGCUGAGAGCGGGGAAGAGGAAAUUACUUAGCCUGUGUUACUUUCACAUUCACUUCCCCCGCGGUUAGAACCACUCACCAAAGGCGCCGCCAUCUUUUAGUCAUGGGAGCCUGGCGCCCUUGAUCGAGCCCCCGUGGAAGUUCCGUGUUUGUGUCAAAUUUUGUCAACGGGGAACAGUGACUGAUGAAGGUUAGCCCACGAUGCUAACACGAGGCUAACCGGGCCCCUGAAAACUGGACUGGUCCCUGGAGCGGCCAGCGGGGGGCGUUGUAGUUAGUUUGUGUCGUUGAUUGACAGCCAUGCAUGACUUGUGCAAUAGCUUGAGUGUCCAUGCUUAUGCAGGAGUGAGGGGACAGCGGGUGGAACUUUUGUGACCCUAAAUCCCUGCCAAGUUCUGUUGUAACACUGAAAAGCCAUCAAACUAAAAGUGUUUUUGUUUUUUACCUCUGUACUUUGUGCAAUUGUUGUCGUGGCUCACAGGGUUUCUGGAUUGGAACUUGAAUUCGUCUUAGGGGGGAUUUAUGCCAUCACUUAUAAAUACAAAUAUAUAUAUAUAUAUAUAUAUAUACAGUAUAUCAUAUCUGUGAACGCCCAACCCCCUUUAAAGUAUUCUAAACAAAUAUAAAAGGAACACGUGACUCUGUAAGAUACAAUGAUGUGUCUGAACUAUGUUUUAGUUCUCUAUUUUGUACGUGACUCUCUUGUGUUGCCAGGGAAGAUUAAUGUGCUACAUGGUGCCAAACAGGGUGCAUUCUGAGAAACAGUCUUUUUUUAGGAAGCAAUUCGUUUGUUGCAACGUCAACAAGGUGGCUCAACCACAAAUGAUAACAAUAAUAAUGCUUUUAAUCAUUAAAAAUAUGUUACAGCUAUGACAGCAUAGGAUAAAUAGAAUUGGUGGUGUCGUCGUCUGCUAAUGCACACGACAGCAUUCCCGUCAUCAGUGAAAACAGGGACAUCUUCCGGAAAGUAAGGCGACGUGAGGGAAAAAAAGGGAAACUCUGGUUUUCCACCAGCACCCUGCGACACAAGGACAAUGGAAAUAUGUUAUUUCUUAUUUUGAAGACCUGAUUUUACCGGCUACAGGAUGUGUUUCGCCAAUUUUGCCCGAGUGUUGCCGGCCAGGCACUGGAAAAGAAGGACACACGGUAAAUUCCCAGUGAAAACGGCAGGGUUGGCAGUCAUGCACUAGGGGGCAGUGCUGCAUGUACUGAUUCGACUGCAGUAUGUAAAAAACAGUACAAUCCUCUCCUGUUUAUUUUUUUUAACAGAAUGUUGGCAGACUCAUUGACUUAAUAAUAACCAAUCGAUGCUAAUGAGGAACAAGGUGCCUUCUGACAGGAGGAUGGUAUUCUGUUAUUCCUGCAUCUAAAUGAGGGAUUUGUUGGUUGAGUGUAUCCUUUUGUUGAUUUACUCCAUUAUGUUUUGGCUAAAAGAACCACAAAACGACAUGAAAGCUGGACCUAAUCCAUUGUUAAGGACUUUGUAUUUGUUUUCAUGCACUGGAGGCGUUCCUUUACCGUCGCCGUUGCUAGAAGCAUGAUGGAAAAUGAAGCUGUGAAUGCAAAUAUGAACAUUCAUGUUGUGUACAUAUUAAGUGUACAGUGUGUUCUGUUUUUUUUGUAUGUGGCCAGCUGCAUUAACGAAGGUGUGCUCGUUAACAACCAAAAGUUGAUUUUCAACGCCGGAGGUGCAGAUAUGGUUAUAUGACAAAGUGGUGGUAAUGGCGUUCCUCUGGGCACCCGCUUUGGUCCUUUUCUGUUUGCAAUCAGAAGACUAUUGCUAAUUAUCAUGACUGUUGCAACAAACAUGACAUAUUUCCUUCGGCUGUUUUGUAUUUUUAACUUUGCUUUGUACUUUUCUUGUGUUCUUACCACUGUGCUGUUGCUUUUUUUUGACUCUGCUAUGCCUAGCAUGUAACGUAACAGGUCCCCACUGACUCGAUGAUUAUUUUAAAGUGUUGUUACACUGAACGCGAGCCACGUAAAGCUCCAAAAACAAGUCAUUUUUGCACGAUUCUGUUUAAGAACUAGCAAUCACCUGUGCUUUACACCGCGGUUUAAAUCAUGAGGCUAACUCUGGCGCAGGGAUACAGUGGAACCCCUAAAGUCCAACGCACCGAUAUAAUUCUGACAGACCAACAUGAUCAGGAAAGUUGUCAUUCUGAGAGACGUAAACGAGCGUCACGAUUUUCUUUUGUUUUGCGCCACUUCUCCCCCAUCAAAGGAUGAGCAUCGACAAGUGUUGUUGAGAGACAAAAAAUACAAACAGGAAGUUACGUGGAGUCGUCUGUCUCACAUUCAGUGCAUUAAGACAAACUUAACAUUUUCUACUAUUAACACUGCUUCACUUCUUUUUACACUUGUGCGACCUCACGAAUAUUAAAAUGUGAUGUAAAACAUUGUUUGCGCACUUCAUGAAAGGUUUAUUUCCAUGAUUUCUUAUGAAGAAAUUGUUUCCAAAUCUGAACGAAUCAGAAGUUGACCAACGUUCCACUUUAGAGGUUCCACGGUGUGUCUCGACAUGCAUACUUGCAAUAUAGUGUACGUAGAGCAGCCUUGAAACGUCAAGCAUGGCCAUCAGUGUAAUUGUGUUCAGACGCCAUCUUGUCAGGCAUUUCCACUUUUGACUUGAGCAAAUAUGACUUUGCCAUCUUCCGUGCUUCAUGGUGCAUUGAUCGAGUGCCACAUUCAGUGUGCUUUAACGAGGGCAAUCAACUUUCUUGUGCAAGUAUCGAGGCAAUCGAGUGUUUUUCGACGUGAUUGAAAACAUGCAGAAACACAGCAGGCAUGACGCUGAGGCCCGGGCCUUCUCUCCAUGAUGGCUGUGCAUGUGUUAUUUAUUACAGUAUCUGCACUGAAUGGAACUUUGUAGUAUAAACCAGAAUGUACAGAACCAUUUUGAAUUGAACGAGGGAGCAACUCUUGGCGGCGGGAACCAACGACGACAUUUUUCAUUUCGGAAGAAAUCUUUUCUGAUUGCUGUUUGCAAAACAGGGAUUUUUUUUUUUCUUUUUGAAUAUUAAAAGCAGGUGGGAUGAAAUCAGAUGACAAAUGUUGUGUUUGGUUCUUGUGCUGAGCUCGUGUGUGUACAAUUGUACCAGCAGUGUCAAAUACUGUAUGUGUUCACAGAGAUGACAUUAUUUUAAAGAUUUUAGCUGUGUAUAGAAAUAUAUUACUACUUGUAACUUUGUUUUUGACACUGCAGAGGAAAAUGUUAAAAUAUUUAUUGCUCUGAACAUAUAAAACAUCUGUUCAUGUUGUUGGAUUCAAGUGUGCUGAUUUUUUUUUCUCACAGCUACCGUAUUAUAGAAUUAUUCAACAAGCGCUAUGCUGAUUGGUUGAGGAACACUGAGGGCGUCGAACAAUUUUUCUUCAGACUACAACGUUAACAAGCCUUCAUUCGAGCCUAUGUAGAACUUGAGU